AGAGCAACAUGUGCAAGAUGAUCUCCUAAUAGGCUACACUGUCUGACAGAGAACGGAGCGCUAGAAACUUUUCAGAAAGCACAGGUUAUCCCAGUGUUUACAUCUAAAAUGGUAUCGAUUAAACGGUUGAUAUCUCUGUUCUCUGUGUCUUGGGAGCAAACGCUCGUAUGUUUGGGCAGUUUGGUCAUUACACUCUUCAUUUUGCUGGUAAUUCGCCAGCUCGUAAAACAGCGGAGACCCCGAGGGUUUCCCCCAGGACCGACACCUUUACCCAUGAUAGGGCAUAUUCUGUCCCUGGCCACAGAGCCUCACGUCUACAUGAAGAGGCAGAGUGAUAUUCACGGACAGAUUUUCAGUCUAGACCUGGGAGGAAUCUCGACUGUUAUACUAAAUGGUUAUGAUGCCAUUAAAGAGUGCCUGUAUCACCAAAGUGAGGUUUUCGCAGACCGUCCAUCCCUCCCUUUAUUUCAGAAGAUGACAAAAAUGGGAGGUAAGUGGUUCCUUAUAGAAUACUUUAUAGUAAAUGGCAGACCACCUGCUCUUGAAGACAAGCAGAGGAUGCCGUAUGUGGAGGCAGUGCUGCAUGAAGUCCUGCGCCUUUGCAAUGUUGUCCCACUGGGCAUCUUCCGCGCCACGUCUCAAGAUGCGGUGGUGCGUGGCUACACUAUCCCCAAGGGCACCAUGGUCAUCACCAACUUGUACUCAGUGCACUUUGAUGAGAAGUACUGGAGCAACCCAUCCAUCUUCAGCCCAGAGCGGUUCCUUGGCUGUAAUGGCAAAUUUGUCCGGCAUGAAGCAUUUCUUCCUUUCUCAAUAGGUAAGCGCCACUGUCUGGGAGAGCAGUUGGCUCGGCUGGAGAUGUUCUUGUUCUUCACCACAUUGCUCCAGAGGUUCCAUCUUCAGUUCCCCGAAGGCUUUAUUCCAAGUCUCUCUCCGAAACUAGGCAUGACCCUUCAGCCUCGGCCGUACUCCAUAUGUGCCAUCAGGAGACAGCAGUAAAAAUUGCCCCUUGAGCUCUGGAACAUGUGCACUCACCUCCUGCUAAGAAACGCAAACGAGAGCAGAGCAGUUCCCCAUCUUAAAUUCCAUCAGGUUUUCAGCGGGGAAUACUGACCUCUGAUAUUGACUUGUUAAAUUCUCUGAACGUGUCCUCCAUAGUUUCACAGAACCCAGCCUGAGAGUGAUAAGACUACUGUUACAGAGCACAUGCUCUGGAGAGCAAAGAAUGAGCAUGUGUUACCAAACGAGAAUAUACAUGAGGGUAUCAAGAUAAAUGUAGCAUGUAUCUUUCAUAACUUGAACCAAAAAGUGUACUGUGUAGCAAACCUGAACGUUGUGCUUGUCAAUAUGAGAAGAGCUAUUGUCAAUGAUUGACAGGGUUUAUCUCUAUAACGGUUUGGAGGUCUGUCUUUUCCAGCAUUCCUUGUAUUCCCCCAGUUCUGGAGUCGGGCAAGUGAGAGGCAAACUGCUGCCUUUCCCAGAAAGUUUUGGAAAUGCUUCAUGACUCCCGUUGGUUUAAUGCCAUGUAUCAGUUCUGCAAUAAUAACGGCCCUGUCCCUACUUUAUCUCGGUGGAAAGAGAUUAUCAAGAAACUUAAGCUGCAAUAUUUCGUGAAAAGCUGGACUCCAAUAUGCAUUUUAUAGCACAAUAUUAUUUUUACUUUCUUUUUAACAAGUUUUUUUGCA